UCUUUUCAUCAACGAUCACCCGACAUGGCAACACUGGUAGCACGCACAUUUGUCAGCUGAUUGCAAAACAUUGCGCUUUCGGUUGCAGUGGAUCGAUUGCGCAAAAAUGAAACGCAACCAACAACAAGCGCGGUUUUUGUAAGUUACUGUAUUAAAUUAAAACCAACAUUCGGCACAAACUAGAACCAUGAUGCUAUCAUCGUCCUCGACCCGGGCUGCUGCCAGGAUGGGUGUAAAGUUACUUGGAAGGGUUGUUCCGUGCCGGCUCACGGAUCCAUUCAAUGCGUGCUACAGUGGCAACGCUGGUUCAGCAGUUGCACCGACCCCAUUCCCAACGACAGUGCGUGGAACACAGGAAAAAUGGACCAAACGGUUCGAGUCGGAAAGCAUUCCCGAACCGGAAACUUCUAUCGUAAACAUAAUAGCGCACGUGCUCGAACUGUCCGCACCCUCCGAGGUAGGAAAUCACCAAAACUCGUCGCUCAACGAGACACAGAUGGCCAAAAUCGAGGAACUUUGCGAGUGUCGGUUAGCACGCAUGCCAAUACAGUAUAUUAUCCGCGAGUGGGAUUUUCGUGACCUAACGCUGAAGAUGAUACCGCCCGUAUUUAUACCGCGCCCGGAAACAGAGGAACUGGUAGAGCUAAUAUUGCAGCAGAUGGAUAAUGAGCAGGAAACGCUUUUUCUCGAGAUUGGAUGUGGUACGGGUGCGAUAAGUCUUUCGCUUCUGAAGCAUGCUCCGAAGUCCUCUGCGAUCGCCAUCGAUCAGAGCCGAAUAGCGUGUGAGCUGACGCGAGAGAACGCCGUAUCGGUCGGGUUGAUGGAACGGUUGCGAAUAUUUAAACACAAAAUAGUGGACGAUUUGCCGCAGGAGCUUAACGCGCAAAAGUUUGAUAUGAUCGUCAGCAACCCGCCUUACGUUCCCUCGAUGCUUAUUCCUUCGCUCGAUCCAGAAGUAAAAAUUUACGAGGAUCUGCGCGCACUUGAUGGUGGUAACGAUGGUUUGACUGUGAUAAAAGCCAUUCUACGGAUAGCGGGCCGAUACCUUCGCCAGGAUGGUGUACUGUGGCUGGAGGUGGAUAGCACACAUCCACCCGUAAUUGAGGAGUUUCUGACAAAACAUGGCGAUCUGAUGGGGCUACGAUUCAUGGCAUCGUAUAAGGAUGUGUUUCAGAAAGAUCGGUUCGUUGAGAUUGUUAAGCUAUAAGCGAGCGCAUUUGUUAUCCUAGAAAGAUCAUCCCGGUGCGGAUUGAAAAUGUUAGCUGUUAGGGCAAUUGCUAAGAUAAUAAUUUUACUAGUUAAUACCCAUAAACAACAAACUACUCAUAAUACGGUAACAAGACAA